AUGGCUUCACAACCUACGCCCGGCUCGCAACCCCCUCCUCACCAAGCAGGCAACUCUGCCAACAACAUCAUCACGGCGCUGGGCAAUGCGUUCCGUUCUCAGACAGGCGAGCCACUCUCUGGAGACAAGAUCGCGCAGCUGCUGUUCCAGAACAUGAACCAGCUUGGGGAGCUCGCGAAGCAAGGCAAGCUGAAUCAAGAGCAAAUAAUGCAGGUGCGGUGGUGGCCCUCUUCUCCGUUGAUAACAGGACACACUAACCUCAAACAAUACGCAGACAAAUAUAAGCCUCAGGCUGCAGCUACAGCCGCUACAUCGUCCACUUCCGCAAUCCCUCAAGCGGCACCCGCACCAACAGCAGCACCAGCCACACCCCUCACCAAACCAGCUCCAUACCCCUCACAACUUCCACAUCCUGGCGUCAAACCCACCAACUCUCCCGCGCCCGUCCUCAGCCAAGGCGCUCUCACACAGAGCUAUCCCAUAUCGGACAGGCUAGAAGGCAUAACUAACCCGGGACCCGUCCCGUGGACCCCUUCGCAACAAGGGCGACCUACGCUUACGGGCGGAAUGGCUGCAGGCAGGAUGGCAGGUACUCCCGCGCAAGUAGCACGAGGGGGCGAAGAUGUGUCGAUGUUCAACUUCGACGACAAUCGGGCGAGGCGGAAGAACACGCCAGGUGAUCAGAGCAUGCGGCGGUCAAUACAGGACUUGGUGUCGAGCAUAGACCCGAACGUCAGGAUCGAGCCGGAUGUCGAAGACCUGCUGCUCGACAUCGCCGAUGAAUUCAUCGACUCGGUCACCAACUUCGGCUGCAGGUUGGCGAAGCAUCGCGGUGGCGAUACGCUCGAAGUGCGGGAUCUCCAACUUCACCUCGAGCGGAACCACAACAUCCGCAUACCUGGUUUCGCGUCCGACGACACACGGGUGUCGCUCGCGCAGGCGACCGUCGCAAACGCCGCCAGUGGGCCCGCGAAAAAGGCCGGCCAGGGCACGCAUAUGACACUCAGGAGCCACCGGCUCGCGCAGGUGCAACAAGCGAAGCGAGAGAACAAGCUGAUGUGA